AUGUCUCUUGCCAUUGCCCUCGUCUUUUGUCUCGGGCUCGGCUUCGUGACAGGCGACGGCACCCUCUUCGGCAUCCGCUCCGCUGCCAAGUCGGAUGGGGCCUCGUCUUGGCACAAAGACGCCACCGAGUCCGAGUCCGAUCUCGGCUCGGCUGACUGCCCCUGCCGGCCAUCCAAAGUGCCGCAGUAUUUCCAAACGAGCCCCGAGCUCUGGGCUGGUCCGACCGCCACCGGCAAGGCCCCCUUCCUCGCCCAGACGCGAACCUUUGACCACGCCGCCGGCGCCACCUACGUGCCCAAUGACCCGCUACAGACAUCCCUGCCCAUCGCCGGCAUGGACCCCCGAACUAAUGAGUCCAUAUUCCGCCUCAUGGGCUACCUGUCGCCCUAUGCCCCAUCCCCUGGCUUUGGCGUUGAUGAGUACCCCUUGCCUGACGGCGCCGACAUCGUCCAGCUCCAGAUGCUCUCCCGUCACGGCGCUCGGUACCCGACCUCAGAUGCCAACGUUGGGGCUCUGGGCCAGCGAAUUGCCGCUGCUAAGAAACACAAGUUUCAUGCUAAAGGCUCCCUCGCUUUUCUCAAUGCCUGGAGCUACCAGCUUGGUGCCGAAAUUCUCGUGCCCAGAGGUCGUCAGGAGCUCUUCGACUCGGGAAUUCUCCACGCAUAUAUGUAUUCGCCCCUAUAUAACCCAAACAGCAAGAUCAUUGUGCGGACAACGACCCAGGACCGCAUGCUGAAGUCGGCCGAGAACUUCAUGGCCGGAUUCUUUGGACUCGAAUGGACACGUAACGCCACCAUCGAAGUCAUUAUUGAGGCGAACAACUUCAAUAACUCACUGGCUGGCUACUUGAACUGUCCGAACUCGAACAAAGUAGGCACAGGCUCAGAUGCCGCAGAUAUUUGGAUUCGCCAUUACUUGCAGAACGCCACUAAUCGCCUGGCGGCCUCGAUUGAUGGCUUUAAGUGGAAUAUCGAAGAUAGCUAUGCAGCCAUGACAAUGUGCCCAUACGAGACGGUAGCAUAUGGGUUCAGCCGAUUCUGCGAACUCUUCACUUACGAAGAAUGGGUCGGGUUUGAGUAUGCGAUUGACCUUUCUUUCUACGGAGACAACGGAUUUGGGUCUCCCACUGGACGAGCUGUCGGCAUUGGCUAUCAGCAAGAGGUUAUGGCACGCUUAAAGAACCACACGCUGGGAUAUUCUGGGUCGCAGAUUAAUGUGACACUCGAUAACAACACGGCAACUUUCCCGCUCAACCAGAGCCUAUACCUCGACUUCUCGCACGACUCAAACAUUGUCUCCAUACUAGCGGCGUUUGGGCUAACCCAGUUCGCCGGCAAGCUGGAUCCUCUUCAUCCAGGCCCGCACAACUUCACCGUGUCGCACCUGACCCCUUUUGGCGCCCGCCUCGACAUGGAGAUUAUCCGCACCCCAAAGCCGCUGUCGGCCGACCGCUCCGGCUACCUCGACACGGGGGGCGAGACGAAGUACAUUCACUUUGUGCUCAACCAGCGCACCGUCCCCCUCGGCUGGAGCUUCCCCGAGUGCGGCGCCUCACGCGUCGAUGGCUGGUGCGAGCUCGACGCCUUUCUGCGUGUGCAGGACACCAUGCCUGGCAUCGCCCGCUACGAUUACGCCUGUUUUGGCGACUACCAAGUUGAGAAACUAGCGUAUGGUGCUGUUGCGGAUGGGGCGCCGCCCUCUUGA